GCGACCUCUCUCUUCGAUGACGAGGACUAAUCAACCGUCCUGGCGGGUUCCUCUUUCGCCCGAGUUGACCGGAUGCACGGCAGAAGCGGGGGACCAGAGGGGAUGGCAUGGUCAUCGAGGGGUCAUCAAAUCGGGGUAUAAAAUGGAGGGGUUGACCACUUCGUAGUCACUCCUCCCCUCAAUCAACCGGAUCAAUCGAUCACUUGACUGUCUUCUCUCUUCGCUUUAUAACCCUGUCCACGAAUAUGGCCACCCUCACACAGCAGCCCGCCGCGGUCCCCCUCGACGUCUUCCCCGAUGGGCUCAAGACCACCGGCCAACAUGCUCCCCUCUACGACCAUCUCGUGCCCUUUGAGAAGUUCCCCAAGAAGAUCGAGGGUCCCACCGUCUGGGAUCCCGAGGACUAUCGCAACACCCCCGAGCGUUGGACCCAUCGAUUUACCUCGGAGGAGAUCGAGGAGUUGAGCGUCGCCAGCGAUAACUUCCUGAACAAUAAGAUUCCGUUGACCGGGAUUUCCAAGUCCAACUUCCCCCUCCCCAACCUCGCCGGCCGUCUCGAUCAACUCCGCGCCGAUCUCGUCGACGGCAAGGGCUUCAUCCUCUUCAAGGGCUUCCCCGUCGAGAAAUGGGGCAACCACAAGUCCGCCGUCGCCUACAUGGGUCUCGGCACCUACCUGGGCUACUUCGUCAGCCAGAACAGCCGCGGCCACGUGCUGGGCCACGUCAAGGACGUGGGCGACGACCCCACCCAGAUCGACUCGGUCCGCAUCUACCGCACCAACGCCCGCCAGUUCUUCCACGCCGACGACUCCGACGUCGUCGGCCUGCUGUGCAUCGCCCGCGCCCUCGAGGGCGGCGAGAGCGACAUCGCCUCCUCCCACCUCGUCUACAACAUCCUGGCCGCCGAGCGGCCCGACGUGCUCAAGACCCUGACCGACCCCAUCUGGUACUUCGACCGCAAGGGCGAGACAUCCACCGGCCAGGACGAGUACAUCCGCACCAGCGUCAUCUACAUGGAGCGCGACGACGGCAACGCCGCCAAGCCGCCCCGCGUUUACACCAAGUGGGACCCGUACUACGUGCGGUCGCUGUCGCGCUUCUCCGACGCGGGCGUCAUCCCACCGCUGUCGGCCGCCCAGGUCGAGGCCCUCGAGGUGCUGGAGGCCACCUGCAACCGUGUCUCGCUGCACAUGAUCCUCGAGGUCGGCGACAUCCAGUUCGUCUCCAACUCGCACGUCCUGCACGCCCGCACCGCCUACACCGACCACGCCCCGCCCACCCCGCGCCGCCACCUCAUGCGUCUGUGGCUGGCCACCCCGGAGCACGAGGGGGGAUGGCGUCUGCCGUUCUGGGAUAGCAACGAGAAGAAGCGGGGUGGUAUCCAGGUUGAUGACCAAGCGCCCGUGGCGCCGCUGGAUGCGGAGUAACCUUACGAUUCGGUUGUGAUUUUAAUGUUGUAUACCUCUUAGCGGAAUUAAUUAUGAUUUUUACUUAAGUAUUUC